AUGUCGUCCACUUCAGAUAGCCAGAAUCAGAGCAUUAGCUUUGGCAACGACUCUCAACGACCGACCGUUUCUAAACCUUCCUCAGCCCCUACCAAAGCCUCCAAAACCAUUGUUACCCCUCCAGCCAAGAUCCUUCAACCUAAACCUAAAACCCCUCAACAAAAACCCAAAUCUGCCCCCAAGCCAAGGGCCAAGACACCGGCAAAACCUAGGACGCGUCCAUCAUCUACGAUUGCAUCUAAACCCUACACCAAGCCUGCACCACCACCAAUUAUCCCUAACAUCACUAUGGUGGGUGCAACGCACGACCCAUUCCCAGCCUAUGCCCAUAACGCACCGUCACUAGCAGUGCAUCCACCACCUUCAUUUUCUAUCGAACCCUUAGCCAUCAUCUAUCCUGUGGAAUCGGAUGCGUCGAGCCAACCAUCUCCUUCGCCCAUCCUCAUAUCUUCCCCUGGGAUGCCUUACACCCCAAUGGGCACCCCUCCAUUCACUCCACCCAUACCACCCUCUAACAGUCCUGCGUCAGAGCACAAUCUUGAAGAGUUGACAGGGCUGGCUUGA